AUGUCUGGCCCUCACCGCCGCCCGUCUCGCGCACAGUCGCGCAAGAUGGUUUCAUCUCUUUCUCUCAUCUUCUUUGCUUUCCUCGCCAUCCUCUGUCUUUGCCCCGUGGCCUCAGCGCAGGACGCCAGCAAGAGCGAGUAUGGAACAGUUAUUGGUAUUGACUUGGGCACUACCUACUCAUGCGUUGGUGUGCAGCGUGGCGGUCGCGUUGAAAUCAUCGCCAACGACCAGGGACACCGUAUUACACCGUCAUGGGUCGGCUUCACCGACGACGAGCGACUGAUUGGUGACUCGGCCAAGAACGCCUUCCACACGAACCCCAAGAAUACGGUCUUUGAUGCCAAGCGUCUCAUUGGCCGCAAGAUGGACGAAGCUGAUAUCAAGCGUGACAUGAAGAACUGGCCAUUUGAAGUCAUCAACAAGGGCGGCAAACCGGUCAUCGCUGUCGACCACAAGGGCGACACCCGCGAGUUCACACCCGAGGAGAUUUCCGCCAUGGUGCUUACCAAGAUGAAGGAGACCGCUGAGGCUUACCUUGGCGAGAAGGUCACUCACGCCGUCGUUACUGUCCCUGCCUAUUUCAACGAUGCUCAGCGUCAGGCCACCAAGGAUGCCGGUACCAUCGCCGGUCUCCAGGUCCUCCGCAUCAUCAACGAGCCCACGGCUGCCGCCAUGGCGUACGGACUCAACAAGAAGGGCGGAGAGUCUCAGAUCAUCGUCUAUGACCUCGGUGGCGGUACCUUCGACGUCUCCCUCCUCUCCAUCGACGACGGCGUCUUCGAGGUUCUGGCUACCGCCGGUGAUACUCACCUUGGUGGUGAGGACUUCGACAACCGCGUGAUCGACUACUUCGUCAAACUUUACAAGAAGAAGACCGGUACUGAUGUCCAGAGCAACCUCCGCGCCAUGGGCAAGCUCAAGCGCGAAGUUGAGAAGGCCAAGCGCACCCUCUCAUCACAACAAUCCACUCGCAUCGAAAUCGAGUCCUUCGAGGACGGCAACGACUUCUCGGAGACCCUAACCCGCGCUAAGUUCGAGGAGCUCAACAUGGACCUCUUCCGCAAGACCAUGAAGCCUGUCGAGCAGGUUCUGAAGGACGCUAACGUCAAGAAGGAGGAUGUUGACGAGAUUGUGCUCGUCGGCGGUUCUACCCGUAUCCCCAAGGUUCAGCAACUCCUCAAGGAAUAUUUCAACAAGGAGCCUUCGAAGGGCAUCAACCCCGACGAGGCCGUCGCCUACGGUGCUGCCGUCCAGGGCGGUAUCCUGUCUGGUGAGGAGGGUACCGAGGACAUCGUUCUCGUGGAUGUCUGCCCCCUGACCCUUGGUAUCGAGACCACUGGUGGUGUCUUCACCAAGCUUAUCGCUCGCAACACCGUCAUCCCUACCCGGAAGAGCCAGAUCUUCUCUACCGCCGCCGACAACCAGCCGACUGUCCUCAUCCAAGUCUACGAGGGCGAGCGUUCUUUGACUAAGGACAACAACCUCCUUGGCAAGUUCGAGCUCUCCAGCAUUCCCCCUGCUCCCCGUGGCGUCCCCCAGAUUGAGGUCACGUUUGAGAUUGAUGCCAACGGCAUCAUGAAGGUCGCUGCUGCUGACAAGGGAACUGGCAAGUCUGAGUCGAUCACCAUCACCAACGAGAAGGGCCGUCUCUCCAAGGAGGACAUUGAGCGCAUGGUCCGCGAGGCUGAGGAGUUCGCCUCCGAGGAUGAGUCCAACCGCCGCCGCAUCGAGGCCCUCAACUCGCUCUCGUCGUUCGUCUAUGGCCUCAAGUCCCAGCUCGCUGACCAGUCCGGGCUUGGUGGCAAGCUCGAGGAUGACGACAAGAAGGCGCUCCUCGACGCGAUCAAGGACACAACUGAUUGGAUAGACGAGUACGGCCAGACGGCCAGCACUGAGGAUCUCGAGGAGAAGCUCAGCGAGGUCCAGAGCAUCGUCUCGCCCAUCACGAGCAAGCUCUACGCUGGCGGCGAGUCCUCCUCGGGCGACGCUGACGACGACGACUAUUACGGUCAUGAUGAGCUGUAG